UAUGGCGGAUUUUGAGUGCAGUGAGGAGGGAUGCAGGGGAUAAACUAAAUUAUGGUGCUUACGUAAUCUUGUGCCUUAGCCGGCAGAAAUUAGGAUUUGGGUCAUUCUCUCUCUCUCUCUCUCUCUCUCUCUCUCUCUCUGUGUCUGCCUGUGGCGCUACGGAAUUGUUUUGUGUAUAUAUAUGGCAACGGCCCCGUUGAUUCACGCGCGGUGCGGUUAUGCUUCUCGAAUUGUUAGUCGGAAAAAUGUAUCUCAGCAAGGACCUAUAGGAUCUUCUUCGAAUGGAUUAUCGUCGUCCUUGUCGUGUUCUUCUUCUUCUUCCUCCCCUUCCAACUCCGAUUUGAGUUUCCCUUCUGGCACAAACAGUGGACAGAGACGCCAGGGCCUUCGAGUACAAAGUAUGAGUACCACUACUCAGGGAAAGUCUCUAGACAGAAGCAUUGGGAAUUCGAAGAAUGACCCAGAUCAUCUUCUUGUUCUUGUUCAUGGUAUCUUGGCCAGUCCAAGUGAUUGGAUUUAUGCAGAAGCAGAGUUGAAAAGGCGUCUUGGAAAAAACUUUUUAAUUUAUGUAAGUUCAUCAAACACUUACACCAAGACAUUAACUGGGAUAGAUGGAGCUGGCAAGAGAUUGGCUGAUGAAGUCAUGCAGGUUGUAGGAAAGACUAAGAGUUUGAGAAGAAUUUCCUUUCUGGCCCACUCUCUAGGUGGCCUGUUUGCUAGAUAUGCAAUUGCUGUCCUUUAUUCACCCCCUGCCAAUAACUGUGACCAACCUGAUGAUCUAGAUAACUGCAUGAUCGAGAGUUCGCAGAGAAAAAGCUUUUCCAGGGGAGGGUCGAUUGCUGGAUUAGAGCCAAUCAAUUUCAUAACCUUGGCAACUCCGCACCUUGGUGUCAGGGGAAAAAAGCAGCUUCCAUUUCUUUUGGGUGUCCCAAUCCUAGAAAAGCUUGCUGCUCCAAUAGCUCCAAUUUUUGUUGGACGGACUGGCAGUCAGCUGUUCCUUACUGAUGGUAAACCAAAUAGACCACCACUUCUUUUAAGGAUGGCUUCUGAUUGUGAAGAUGGAAAAUUCAUUUCUCUGUUUUGUAGAUCUGCUCUUGGAUCAUUUAGAUGCCGUAUUGUUUAUGCUAAUGUAUCUUAUGAUCAUAUGGUGGGGUGGCGCACAUCUUCUAUAAGGAGGGAAACCGAACUUGGUAAGCCUCCUCGCCGAUCUUUGGUUGGAUACAAGCAUGUUGUUGAUGUGGAAUACUGCCCUCCAGUACCUUCUGACGGCCCUCAAUUUCCUCUGGAGGCGGUAAAAGCAAAGGAGGCGGUGCAAAAUGCACCUAGUACGCAGAAUACUGUGGAAUAUCAUGAAAUUAUGGAAGAGGAAAUGAUACGUGGAUUACAGAAGUUGGGAUGGAAAAAAGUUGAUGUCAGCUUUCACUCAGCAUUUUGGCCUUUCUUUGCUCAUAACAACAUUCAUGUAAAAAAUGAAUGGCUUCACAAUGCAGGAGCAGGAGUGAUUGCUCAUGUUGCUGACAGCUUAACUCACCAGGAAACAUCGUCAAUUUUGGCUGCUAGCUUGUAACUAGUAUCUGUAAAUACAAUAUGCUUCAGACAUAACUAAUUGCAUUAUAGAGUAUGGAAACAAUAUGUCUGCUAUCUUGUGAUUAAUUGCAUUAUGAUGUUAGGAAGUAAUCAUUCUUUUAUAAUGGUCAUUGAUAAAAUUUUGCUCAUUUUUAUGAUACUGAAUUUAUUUGGCAUAUAUGCUUUGCUCAAGCCUAUAGUAGGAAUGAGUUUAUUGUAAUGAAGCCAUAUCUGACAUCAACUGUAUCAUCUUUGUUUAUGUACAAGAAUCCUUCGUGUACAUAUAUAAUAGGGAUGUUAAACAUGUUUCCAUUGGUCAUGGUUUAUGAUAUGAGCCAAACUGUUAAUA